UGCCCUUAAGCUUGGAUUUUGAGCAACUACCAUUCUUUCUUUCAUUAAAUUUAACUGUCUAAAUGUAUCAAUUAUGAAAGAAAAGCGCAGUCCCGUUGUUCUUCUUCUUCUUCCAGGACUUGUACCGGCCUUUAUAAAUGAAUAUGGAAAAUGGAGGUGCUUUUUUAUACUAAAUUUCCCCACAGUUUCUUCCUCACUCUUUUGCAUUGAAAUUGUGUUCUUUCACUUGCUUGGAGACAUCCUCUGCUAAAAAAGGGAGCAAAAGCUGGAGUUUUUGAGCUCUGUUCUAAUGGUGUUUUUGAGAUACUAUUAGGAACAAAGACAAGUAGACAACAGGCAAAAAAAUCCAUAACCAUGUGCUCCAUUCUAAAUGCAAUGAGUCAACUCAAUCUCCACCAUGACAACUCUCAAUCCAUAUCUUUAUCGAGCAAGGACGAAGAUCUAAUUGAAUGGUGUGAUGCUCUUAAUUUCUUUGCACGUUUAGCAGCAUAUAUUGCAAUUUUAGCCGUGAUGGUGUUUGUAGUUUUGAUAAUACUUAAGUACAUAACUGAGCUCGAUAACGAGAGUGAUAAUGUAGAGGUUACGAGGCCGGUAACUGUCUCUGAAACGGAUCGUUUAUGGCCUGAAAAGACAGAACCGAUGACGUACGGGACGUGUGAAGACGACGUAGAAACAGGAAGUUGUAGUAGUGGUGAGGAUUUAUAUGAUGCAAGGAUUUGUGUGAUUUGCUAUGAUGAACAAAGGAAUUGUUUCUUUGUUCCAUGUGGACAUUGUGCUACAUGCUAUGAAUGUGCUCUAAGUGAUAUACAUACAUCAUAUAUAUAUAUAUAUGCAUGCAUGCAUCUAUGUAUGUAUAUAUGUAUGUCUGUAUGUAUGUAUGUUUUGCAGGAUUUAUGAUGAGGAAAAUAAGGUGUGCCCAGUAUGCAGAAGGAUUAUUGGCAAAGUUAGAAAACUUUUUGCUCCAUAAUCCCAUUAAUUAUUGACUUUUCUUUUUCUUUUUUUUUCUUUUUUAAAAUUUUCCAUGUUGAAGAAAUUUAUUUUCAGCAAGAAAUUUUUUUUUCAAUAAGUGAUUUUUGACUGCAUCCAUGGCAAAGUAAAUAUAUAAAAAAUGAAGUUUCCCGGAA